UCAACGAAAAUGUCGUCGCCGGCAGCCGAGCCCGCCUCCGCCGCCGCCGACCUCUCUCCGGCGGAGGCGCGUCUCGCGAUGAUGGAGCUGGCCAACAUGAUCUCCGUGCCCAUGGCCCUGACCGCCGUCAUCCGCCUCGGCGUGCCGGCCGCCAUCUGGUCAAACGGCGCCAACGCGCCCCUCCCGGCCGCCGCGCUCCUCCCCGCGGACCACCCGGACCCAUCCGUCCUCGAGCGCCUCCUCCGCCUGCUCGCCUCCCGCGGCGUCUUCUCCGAGCACACCACGCCCGGCACCGCCCGGCGGUUCGCGCUCACCGCCGUGGGCCGCACCCUCGUCCCGUCCGGCCCCUCGGGCGCGUCCUACGCCGACUACGUCCUCCAGCACCACCAGGACGCGCUGGUCCUCGCCUGGCCGCGGCUCCGCGACGCCGUGCUGGACCCGGCCGGCCCGGAGCCCUUCGCGCGCGCCCACGGCGGCGUCCCCGCGUACGCGUACUACGGCCAGGACCGGGAGGCGAACGAGGUGAUGCUGCGCGCCAUGACCGGGGUGUCCGAGCCGUUCAUGGAGGCGCUGCUGGACGGCUACGGCGGCGGGUUCGAGGGCGUGGCCACGCUGGUCGACGUCGGGGGCAGCUCUGGAGCUUGCCUCGAGAUGAUCAUGCGCAGCGUGCCCACCAUCCGGGAGGGCGUCAACUUCGACCUCCCCGACGUCGUCGCCGCCGCGCCGCCCAUCGCCGGAGUAAGGCAUGUUGGUGGAGACAUGUUCAAGUCCAUCCCCUCCGGCGACGCCAUCUUCAUGAAGUGGGUCCUAACGACGUGGACCAACGACGAGUGCACGGCGAUCCUGAAGAACUGCUACACGGCGCUGCCGGAGGGCGGCAAGCUCAUCGCCUGCGAGCCAGUGGUGCCGGAGACGACCGACAGCAGCACCAGGACGAGGGCGCUGCUGGAGAACGACAUCUUCGUCAUGACAACGUACCGGACACAGGGGAGGGAGCGCUCCGAGGAGGAGUUCUGGCAGCUCGGCCUCACCGCCGGGUUCACCGGGUUCAGGGCACUCUACCUGGACCCUUUCUACGCCGUCCUGGAGUAUGUGAAGUGAUACUGUGGACUUGGAUCACUUCUGUGCUUUAGUGUUUCUCCUGUAACAGAUGACUCAGGUCAUAUGGAUGACUGCCCAAGUUGCUGCUAGGUUGGGCGCGCAUUUGAGUUCUGAAUCAGGGCAUCUCUUCGAAUCAUUCUACUCAUAGAAACUUUGCACUUUGAGAUUAACAGUAAUACACAUGUCUUUCUCCGUUC